AUGUUUGAAUUUAUGACGCCUUACAAGAUGUUUGAAUUUAUGACGCCUUACAAGAUGUUUGAAUUUAUGACGCCUUACAAGAUGUUUGAAUUUAUGACGCCUUACAAGAUGUUUGAAUUUAUGACGCCUUACAAGAUGUUUGAAUUUAUGACGCCUUACAAGAUGUUUGAAUUUAUGACGCCUUACAAGAUGUUUGAAUUUAUGACGCCUUACAAGAUGUUUGAAUUUAUGACGCCUUACAAGAUGUUUGAAUUUAUGACGCCUUACAAGAUGUUUGAAUUUAUGACGCCUUACAAGAUGUUUGAAUUUAUGACGCCUUACAAGAUGUUUGAAUUUAUGACGCCUUACAAGAUGUUUGAAUUUAUGACGCCUUACAAGAUGUUUGAAUUUAUGACGCCUUACAAGCUUUCACAUUAUCACCAUUAUCAUAUUACAGCCCUUCACAAGAAUGGCUAA